AUGCGACUGAUUCCGCGCAAACAUGGCAGAGACAUUACCUCCGCCAAGCGCGGCAGAGCGGAAGAAGGCGCAAGACGAGGCAUUUCGGUUAACGGAACUGGUGGUGAACUCUCAGGAACGCGAGCUGCGAGUGAAUUCUAUUCGUAUUGAAGGAGUGGACUACACACGUCGGACUAUUGUGGAAGAUCUUGUCAAGCCAAUCUUGGAGUCUCAGAACCUUGGUGACAUUAUAGCGGAAUCGCGGGAAGCAUGCCACCGUCUAUCGCGCUUGGGGGUGUUCAAGGACGUGGGAGUCACUCUUGAUACACCGACAGAUCCCUAUGGUGCAGCAGGAGAGCUUGUGGAUGUCGUGCUGACAGUAAAGGAGGGUCCCAGAUUGUACGCGCGGACUGGGGCGGACUUUUCCAAUUAUGAUACCACAACUAAUAUUACCGCGCGGAUAUCAAAUGCAUUUGGUGCAGGGGAAACUAUCGAGGGACAUGCCUCUUAUGCUGUGCAACCAAACGUCGCGUUGAAUGAAUCUGCCGCGUCUUUUGCUAGCGAGAGCGGUAGCUAUUUCCAACUGCUUUUCAGUAAGCCCUUGGUUCCCAAACCAGUGUUCCAGCGCCCGAAUCGCGCCGAUCCGGACGCCCGGGUGGAGCUCGCAGCUUACAGUACCAAUCGCAACAUGUCUCUGUACAUGUCACAUGAGGAGGAAGCGAAAGGCGGUAUUGCCCGCUACAAGACGAUAGAUCCUUUGAAAGGAACUCAUGAAUUCAGCUAUGACGUGGCAUGGAGGCAUGUACAUAAGGUCACUCAAGACGCAUCCUGGAGCAUCCGACAAGAUGCCGGACAUUCCCUCAAGUCGGCUGUUGGCCACACAUACACCAGGGAUCAUCGAGACGAUUCUAUGCUUCCGACGGAAGGAUCCUUCAUAAAAACGCGUGAGGAAUUAGCGGGUCUUGGGGGCGAUGUACGAUUUGUGAAGGGGGAGGCAGAGGGACAAUGGGCUCAUCCACUUGGGGGCGGAUUUAGUUUGACGGCGUCUUUACGUGGUGGACUUUUGCUGCCAUUGUUUGGGCAGCGCCCACGGAUUAAUGACAGGUUCACCUUGGGAGGUCCAAAUACAAUACGGGGAUUCCGGCAAAGUGGAGUAGGGCCAAUGGAUAAACAGGACGCAGUCGGGGGUGAUGCAUACUGGGCUGGCGGUUUAAGCUUGUUCACACCCUUGCCGUAUCUGAUAAAUAAGCCGCUGAAGGGACACGUAUUCGUCAAUGGGGGUAGUUUAGCUCCCGUUAACACACGUGACACACUCGAAAACAAUGCCAGAAAUUUAAUUCGUUCCCCGAGCGUUUCAGCAGGAUUAGGACUCGCAGUGCGGUUUAGUAUACUGCGGCUAGAACUCAACUACUGUCUUCCUCUUACAGCAACCACCACUGAUGUAGCAAAGCCUGGCUUUCAAUUUGGCAUAGGCAUUACAUAUAUGUAACAUUGAAAUAGAUUUGCAACUCUGUCGAGUCAUCUGAUUAUGGGAACA